CCGAUGACGCCAUUCGUGCGGCAGCCAUUUUUCUGAAAAAGUACAUUGUUUGCUUGCUAGUCAAUGCACGCUGGGGAUAGUGUUGUUGCAUGUACCUGAAGAUCGCCAAGAUCUAAUUCUGGACAAGAAAACUGGUUGAAUCUUUCUGAGCAAUUAGUAUCGAUUAAGAAGAGUUCUUUUAAACUGCUGUUUUGUAUUGGAACUUGCUGUAGGCAACCGAGGAUCAUCGCUGUUCAUAGCCUGCCUUUAUUCUGGAACUUUGCUGUCUUCAUCAAAACUGAAGGACAUUACCAGAGUUUCAGAUAUGGCAGAGGACUUCGACGUUGAGGCGAUGCUGGAGGCGCCGUACAAGAAAGGAACCGUUAUGUCACUGCUUGUUGCUCUAUGCUGAGCCCAAGUCCGGGAGCACAUACGACUGAGGAAGAUGGCCCCAUCACCAAAAUCUCAAGAGAAAAUGGGACGUCGGAAAGCAAGUCCUCGGGGAAAAGCAAACGCAAGAGUCGCAGCCGAUCGCGGGACAGGAAAGAGCGGGAAAAGAAGGGAGACAGAAGCCGAGACAGAGAUCGUGGCCGAGACACAGAAAAAAGUGGGGAUCGUGGAGGGGAUCGUGGCGGCGACCGUGUCAGCGCUCGUGGUGGGGAUCGCGGCGGGGAUCGCGGCAGGGAUCGCGAUCGGAAGCAUCGCAGCCGUAGCCGGGACGGAAAACACCGCAGCGGCAGCAAAGAGCGCAAGCAUCGCAGCGGCAGCAGCGGCGGCAGCCGCGAGCGUCGCCGCAAGCGCUCGCUGACCCCAAUGCUUCUGCCCCGAAGAGAUCGGGGGAAUGGAAAGCGUAAAGGUUUGGAUAGGAGUCCCCCAGCUGUCCUGGGAAAGCCGGACGAACUUACACCAGAAGAGCGUGAUUUGCGAACAGUGUUCUGCAUGCAGUUAUCACAAAGAAUCAGGGCAAGGGACCUUGAAGAAUUCUUUUCAUCUGUUGGAAAGGUCCGAGACGUCAGACUUAUCAAAUGUAAUAAAACUAGGCGCUUUAAAGGCAUUGCAUAUGUGGAGUUCAAGGAUCCAGAAUCUGUUCCCUUAGCCAUGGGUUUAGCUGGACAGAAAUUGUUGGGUGUCCCUAUUAUUGUUCAACCAACUCAGGCUGAAAAGAAUAGAGCAGGAAAUUCAAUGCCCAAUCUUCAACCUAAAGGACAACCAGGUCCAAUGAGGUUAUAUGUUGGCUCAUUGCAUUUCAACAUCACUGAAGAUAUGCUUAGAGGUAUUUUUGAACCAUUUGGAAAAAUUGACAACAUUCAGCUCAUAAUGGAUGCUGAAACUGGACGUUCAAAGGGUUAUGGAUUUUUAACUUUCCACAAUUCAGAAGAUGCAAAGAAGGCUCUAGAACAAUUAAACGGUUUUGAGCUUGCUGGAAGACCUAUGAAAGUUGGAAAUGUUACUGAAAGAACUGAAAACGCGCAAGGACCCUCCAUACUUGACACAGACGAACUUGAUCGUACUGGUAUUGAUCUUGGUGCUACAGGACGGUUACAGCUUAUGUAUAAACUUGCUGAAGGAACUGGUCUUCAAAUCCCUGCCCCCGCAGCUGCUGCACUAAACCUGAAUACAACAACUGGUGUACCAAUUGCUACAGCUCAGCCUGCACCCCCCAUAGCAACUCAGUGCUUUAUGCUGGCUAACAUGUUUGAUCCAGCAACGGAAACCAACCCCACCUGGGAUAUUGAAAUUAGAGACGAUGUUAUAGACGAAUGUAACAAACAUGGUGGAGUUUUACAUGUUUAUGUUGACAAGGCCUCACCCACUGGCAAUGUGUAUGUUAAGUGCCCAACCAUUGCUACCGCUGUUGCUGCUGUUAAUUCUCUUCAUGGGAGAUGGUUUGCAGGACGAAUGAUUACUGCUGCAUAUGUACCUUUGGUGAACUACCACAAUCUCUUCCCUGACACAAUCAAUGCGUUGCAGCUAUUAGUGCCUACAAGACGAGGCCCUUGAAGAAAUUAGGCUGGUAUUGUGAACUGUGGAAGUCUAGUGCAUUCGUGCCUUUACCUCAAAUGUGCUUUACCUUUGACCGAUCGGUGGUUGAGGAAACAGUAGUUUUUAAGAUCAAAGAUGACAUUUGUUACCAUGUUUUGCACACCAUGGUAUUUUGGUGUUACCAUAUUUUCUUAUGUUUGGGCACAUAAGAGUUUUAGUUUUGUGUGUCAAGGUAUAUCCUAUCUUAAAGGGCAUAUUAAUUCCGGUUUUAAUGAAUUUAUUUCAUGUCUUCGUGCAAAGUAUUGCUUUUUGUGAUUUGGAAUUGACUGUUUGUGUGUAACACUUAAUUUGUAAAAUUCCAUUAUGGAAAACCAUCUGCCUAUUUGUCUGUUCUCCUCCUCACAAAUUGUACAUAAUUGUGAUCUUAAUCAUUUUUUAUAAUUUCCUACAUGUGGAAAUUGUUGAAUAGUCACUGGUAUUUCUAAUAUCAUUCCAUCCUAGCUGGAUAAUGUUUUAUUUUGAUUACUUGAACUGGCUUGGUGGAAAUUUUUUGUUAUUGGUAGUGCUGUAAAAGUGUUCCAAGUGUUUUGUGAAUUUUUGUACAUAAAUGCUAUACUUAAAUGUUCAGUAAGUGUAAUAAUUUGACCUUGAAAAGAUUAAAUCAUUAAAUUGUGUAUGAA